AGCAGCUCAUCAUCUCAGAGGGACCUGGAGACACACACACACACACAUACACAUAGAGUCCAGAAUAAUCAAUAAAUGCCGCUGAAAUAAACCGUCCAACAGCCGCUGAAACGCCCUCAUAUCAGGGUGACCGGGAGGGAUUCGUGUUUUAUUCGGUUAUAGAGCUCCAGCAGGUGCGUCAGGAUGGGGAACCGAGGGAUGGAGGAUCUGAUUCCUCUGGUGAACCGAAUGCAAGACGCGUUCUCCGCCAUUGGACAGAACGCCGAUCUGGACCUGCCGCAGAUCGCGGUGGUGGGCGGACAGAGCGCCGGGAAGAGCUCCGUGCUCGAGAACUUCGUGGGGAAGGACUUCCUGCCGCGUGGAUCUGGGAUCGUCACCCGUCGUCCCCUGGUCCUGCAGCUCAUCAACUCCCCCACAGAAUAUGCCGAGUUUCUUCACUGUAAGGGAAAGAAGUUCACAGAUUUCGAUGAGGUUCGUCAGGAAAUCGAGGCGGAGACGGACCGUGUGACGGGGCAAAACAAAGGCAUCUCGUCGGUGCCAAUCAACCUGCGCGUCUUCUCGCCAAACGUGUUGAAUCUGACUUUGGUGGAUCUGCCGGGAAUGACUAAAGUUCCCGUGGGCGACCAGCCCGCCGACAUCGAGCAUCAGAUCAGAGAUAUGCUCAUGCAGUUUGUGACUAAAGAUAACUGUCUGCUGCUCGCCGUGUCGCCCGCGAACUCUGAUCUCGCCAACUCUGAUGCGCUGAAGAUCGCCAAAGAGGUCGACCCUCAGGGUCAGCGUACUAUCGGUGUGAUCACAAAGCUGGAUCUGAUGGAUGAAGGAACUGAUGCUCGCGACAUCCUGGAAAACAAACUACUGCCGCUGCGGAGAGGUUACAUUGGUGUGGUGAACCGCAGUCAGAAAGAUAUCGAUGGGAAGAAAGAUAUUAACGCUGCGAUGGCGGCAGAGAGGAAGUUCUUCUUGUCUCAUCCCAGUUACAGACACCUGGCCGAUCGCAUGGGAACACCGUACCUGCAGAAAGUCCUCAACCAGCAACUGACCAAUCACAUCCGCGACACGCUGCCCGGUCUGCGAGCUAAACUGCAGAAUCAGCUGCUGUCCAUCGAGAAGGAAGUGGAGGAAUACAAGAACUUCCGUCCAGACGAUCCGUCCCGGAAGACCAAAGCCCUUCUGCAGAUGGUGCAGCAGUUCUCUGUGGACUUUGACAAGCGGAUCGAAGGUUCUGGAGAUCAGAUCGACACGUAUGAACUGUCAGGAGGAGCCAGAAUCAACCGCAUCUUCCAUGAACGAUUCCCAUUCGAGCUGGUGAAGAUGGAGUUUAAUGAGAAGGAGCUGCGUAAGGAGAUCAGUUACGCCAUCAAGAACAUUCACGGCAUCAGAACCGGCCUCUUCACUCCUGACAUGGCCUUUGAGACCAUAGUGAAACGGCAGAUCUCCAAGAUUAAAGAGCCGUGCCAGAAAUGUGUGGACAUGGUCAUUUCUGAGCUUGUCAAUACUGUUAGGCAGUGUACCAAGAAGCUGGCGCAGUAUCCCAUGCUGAGAGAAGAAAUGGAGCGAAUCGUCACGCAGCACAUCCGCGACCGUGAGAGUCGCACGAAAGAUCAGGUGUUGCUGUUGAUUGACAUCGAGCUGGCGUACAUGAACACCAACCAUGAAGACUUCAUCGGAUUUGCCAAUGCUCAACAGAGAAGCAAUCAAAUAAACAAGAAGAAAGCAGCCGGUAAUCAGGAUGAAAUCAUGGUGAUCAGGAAGGGCUGGCUGACCAUCAACAACAUCGGCAUCAUGAAGGGCGGAGCUAAAGAGUAUUGGUUUGUCCUGACGGCCGAAUCGCUGUCCUGGUACAAGGAUGAUGAGGAGAAGGAGAAGAAGUACAUGCUGCAGGUGGAUAAUCUGAAGCUCAGAGAUGUGGAGAAAGGAUUCAUGUCCAGCAAACACAUCUUUGCCCUGUUCAACACUGAGCAGAGGAACGUGUACAAGGACUACCGUCAGCUGGAGUUGGCGUGUGAGAGUCAGGAGGACGUGGACGGCUGGAAGGCCUCGUUCCUGCGCGCUGGUGUUUACGCUGAACGCGUGGUGGAGAAGGAGAAGAGUGACGCUAGCGAUGAGAACGGUUCGGACAGUUUCAUGCACUCUAUGGAUCCUCAGUUGGAGAGGCAGGUGGAGACCAUCCGUAACCUGGUGGACUCGUACAUGUCCAUCGUCAACAAGACUGUACGAGACCUGAUGCCCAAAACCAUCAUGCACCUCAUGAUCAAUAAUACAAAGGAGUUCAUUAACGCGGAGCUGUUAGCGCAGUUGUACUCGUGCAGCGAUCAGAACACACUGAUGGAGGAGUCCGCGGAACAGGCGCAGCGGCGCGACGAGAUGUUGAGGAUGUACUUUGCCCUUAAAGAAGCGCUCAGCAUCAUCGGUGACAUCAGCACCACCACCGUCUCCACGUCGCUGCCACCACCUGUCGAUGACUCCUGGCUGCAGGUGCAACGCACGGGUUCAGGAGGACGGUCUCCCGCCACUAGCCCGACCCCUCAGAGACGGGCUCCUCCUCCAGGGCCUCCGGCACGCCCAGGCUCUCGCGGCUCAGCCCCGGGCCCCCCUGCUGCAGGUGGACCACCUGUUCCGUCUCGCCCAGGGGCCUCUCCAGACCCCUCCAGCCUGCCCCCUCCUCAGGUCCCAUCCCGGCCUAACCGCGCUCCCCCCGGUGUGCCCAGAAUUACAAUCAGUGAUCAAUGAGGACGGACGCUUCCGCGCUCCCUGAACUCACUGGCCAGAAGACGACACCAAACGCCCACGAAGGCCGGCCAAACAAGGGCGACCUCUUUCACCCCGAGAGCCCCCUUCCUCCUCACAGCUCCUCUUCACUUCUUCUCUACUUUCUGCUUCUCUGUUUUUCUCUCAUCUCACUCUGAACUGAGACAAACAACCCAGAACCCACCAGCACCACAGAACCGCCAUGAACACUGGACAACAACGAGAAAGAACAUCAAGGAACCCGACAGGCCUUUUUUCAUCGUGUAGCGGAGAAAGACUUUCCAUCUGUUGCCUGGUGAUCAUGGUGUCUCUCCUUCGGUUAUUGCUGCUCAACCUUCAAAGCUCAUUGCGAUAGUCCACAACCCUCAGAAUGUUCUAGAAUCUUCUCAUUUAGCUCAUUGCGAUAGUCCACAACCCUCAGAAUGUUCUAGAAUCUUCUCAUUUAGCUCAUUGCGAUAGUCCACAACCCUCAGAAUGUUCUAGAAUAUUCUCAUUUAGCUCAUUGCGAUAGUCCACAACCCUCAGAAUGUUCUAGAAUCUUCUCAUUUAGCUCAUUGCGAUAGUCCACAACCCUCAGAAUGUUCUAGAAUAUUCUCAUUUAGCUCAUUGCGAUAGUCCACUUCCCUCAGAAUGUUCUAGAAUCUUCUCAUCUAGCUCAUUGCGAUUGUCCACAACCCUCAGAAUGUUCUAGAAUCUUCUCAUCUAGCUCAUUGCGAUAGUCCACAACCCUCAGAAUGUUCUAGAAUCUUCUCAUUUAGCUCAUUGCGAUAGUCCACAACCCUCAGAAUGUUCUAGAAUCUUCUCAUUUAGCUCAUUGCGAUAGUCCACAACCUUCAGAAUGUUCUAGAAUCUUCUCAUCUAGCUCAUUGCGAUAGUCAACAACCCUCAGAAUGUUCUAGAAUAUUCUCAUGUCGCUGACCGCAUUAAAAUGAAUGCCGUUUCUGACACGAAUCAUGUAAUCCAGUGGUUUCCAAACAUGUUCCUGGAGUCUCGUUUCGGCGCCACUCACGCAUUUUUCUCGUUAGAGGUUAUGAUGAUGUGAUUAAAAGCGUUCAGGUAUGAGGAUGUUGUUCACACUAUGGCAAGCCGAAAUUACAUUUAAUCACGUGCAAGAUCUGAAUCAUAGAUAUCAACAGUUACCCGAUACCUGCGAUGGAAUUACAAGUGUGUAAUAAUGCUAAUGCUAAUGCUAAUUAGGUUUGCACAAGAAAAAUGUAAUUUUUUUUUGAAUAAUUAAAUAUAUCUUAAAAGGCUUUCUUACUAGUUAUAAUCACAUUGCAUUAAUGGUCUUGUUCACUGCUCGCACAAUGACGAUAUUUGCAUCACGGUUCCUGUACGCAGACACUGAACCGUCUGACCGAAGUACAUUUUGGGCUUAACUUCCUGUGUGACUGGCCAUUUAGGUCACAUCCACACUAGUCCGUUUAUUAGUAUCCGUAUGCGGCGAUGGAGAGUGUUUGUCUUUGAAAUAGGCCACACCCCCAUCACUUCAGCCACACCCCUCUCCCCGAAACCCCACCCUCCAAAGACCCGUCAGCCAACCUAAUUUCGGCAAACCUGAAUGCACAAAAUGAUUGACAGUUUGUGUCUUCUGAUGCAUGUAAAUAAUUGUAGCCAGUUAAAAUGGAUUAAACGACAUUAAUUUAAUUAAUGACAUAAACUUAAUUAUACAAUUAAUUGCAUACCAAAAUUGACUGAGAUAGCCCCGCCCCAAAAAGGUCAUUUAGAACAAUUAAAAUAAUUAUAAAUAUGAUAUACAGACCUAAUAAAUAUUAUAAUUAAGAUAAAUUAAAUACAUUUUGCAUGUGCAGCUGGAGUUACGCUGACUGCCCCCUACAGCAUCAAACUGCUACAGCAAGCUCCGAUAUUAGGAACGCUCCUUGUUUUUUUUUGUUGAGAUGUUUUUGUUUGGUCAAUAUUGAGUAAAUAUGGGCGCAAUCCUCCACCGCAGUGAACUGUAUUUCUGUCGUAUAUCUGUACUAACUUUACUGACGAUAAUAAUAAUAAUAAUAAUAAUAAUAAAGCCCUUGUUGGUAAUAGUUCACGUUGUGGCAUGACAAAACCCUUCAUCUGUUUCAACUGUGCCGUAUCAAUAGUAAAUUUCUGUGUUUAUCUUCACUUCAACUCGCGCAAAAUCUUUCCUGACCGCACCGAAUUUGUCAAUUUGAGUCGUAGUAAAAACGAUGAGAAAAUAAUUGCCGUUAUUUAAGAGUAAACCAUUAAUCAUGAACAUAUCUUAAGUGUGUUGCGUGUCUUUGUGGUGCAUUUAUGCAAAUUGUGCUUCCACUGUGUAGAGAGUAGUGUCAUCCACGUGUAUCAUUACUGAAUAUGAAAUUAUGAUGUAUAAGUGAUUUAUUUAAAUUAAACGUAUGAUAAUGUGCAAAUAAUGGUGUAUAGAAGAGUAAACUGUCUUUCUGUGUUUGGACAGAAAGCUGUGAUGAUCCGGAUUGUGUAACGGGUGACAGAUGUGUGUGUGUGUGUAUUAAUGUAUCUUCUGCUGUUGAUUGGACGACUUUGGCGAUCAAUAAAGUUACGUGUACCAAAAUGUUGCUUUUGUAUCAUU